AUGAUGAAUAGAUUGCGGCUGACACCUAUAUAUGGGGAUGAUGAUAUGAUAACCCAUGUCAUUGGAAUCCAGUUCUUCACAGAGGCAGAUAUUGAUCUAGGUCCAGUUCCUGGUACUUCAAUCAAGGAGUCUGCAAAAUCUUCUGACAGGUUUCGUUCUUAUCUUUCUGCUUUUCGUCCUGCUGUUCUCUUGGGGGAGCGAAACAUAUGUCGUGGGGUUUGUGGGAUGUUGCAAUUGAGUGACGAGGUUCUUGCUCUCAAGAUUCUUUCAAAGUUGGCGCCUAGAGACAUUGCAUCUAUUGGGUCAGUCUGUAGGAGACUGUAUGACCUUUCAAAGAAUGAAGACCUUUGGAGGAUGGUCUGCCAAAAUGCAUGGGGUAGUGAGACAACUCGUGUUUUAGAGGCUGUGCCUGGUGCAAAGAGGCUAGGGUGGGGUAGGCUGGCACGGGAGCUGACCACUCUUGAAGCAGCAACAUGGAGAAAGGUGACUGUUGGAGGUUCUGUUGAACCCUCACGAUGUAACUUUAGUGCUUGUGCAGUUGGGAAUCGUGUUGUCCUUUUUGGUGGUGAAGGGGUCAAUAUGCAACCGAUGAAUGACACCUUUGUAUUGGAUCUAAAUGCCAGUAACCCAGAGUGGCAGCAUGUCCAAGUGAGCUCUCCUCCUCCUGGCCGUUGGGGUCAUACACUUUCUUGUGUGAAUGGGUCCCAUUUGGUGGUAUUUGGAGGCUGUGGAAGGCAGGGCUUGCUAAAUGAUGUUUUUGUACUGGAUUUGGAUGCAAAGCCUCCAACUUGGCGCGAAAUAUCUGGGUUGGCUCCUCCGCUCCCAAGAUCAUGGCACAGUUCCUGCACUCUUGAUGGCACCAAGUUGAUUGUUUCAGGUGGUUGUGCAGAUUCUGGAGUACUCCUUAGUGAUACUUUUUUGCUUGAUCUCUCAAUGGAGAAACCUAUUUGGAGAGAGAUACCGGUAGCAUGGAAGCCUCCUUCCAGAUUGGGUCAUACGCUGUCUGUAUAUGGUGGUAGGAAAAUUUUGAUGUUUGGGGGCCUGGCCAAAAGUGGACCACUUCGUUUUCGUUCUAGUGAUGUGUUCACAAUGGAUCUGAGUGAGGACGAACCGUGUUGGAGGUGUGUUACAGGGAGUGGAAUGCCCGGUGCUGGAAAUCCAGGGGGUAUGGCUCCUCCGCCUAGACUUGAUCAUGUAGCAGUGAGCCUCCCAGGUGGGAGAAUCCUGAUCUUUGGUGGUUCAGUUGCUGGUCUUCACUCUGCCUCACAACUUUAUCUCUUGGAUCCAACAGAUGAAAAACCUACAUGGAGGAUAUUAAAUGUACCUGGGCGACCCCCAAGAUUCGCUUGGGGACAUAGUACUUGUGUUGUUGGAGGGACAAGGGCAAUUGUCCUUGGUGGUCAAACUGGAGAAGAGUGGAUGUUAGGUGAACUCCAUGAGCUUUCGCUGGCAAACUCUGUAAUCUGA